UCCGCCCCCCAAGUCUGGGGCUCCGGGUAAAGUUUCAGCCUCCGCACGUGACUCGCCAUGGCCGCUGCCUUCGGCCCGCGCUGCUGAGCUCGGUCCCCCGGACGGCUCCUCUCCCGGGAACCCGCAGCCCUGACGCCGAGCUGUCCCGAGGCGCAGGGGCAGGGCAGACGCCGCGCCCGUGGGCGCACGGACGGAUUGCGUCCCCCGGCUGCGAGCGUCACAGGACAUGGCCCCCCCAGCUGCCUAGCCGGGGCCCACCUAGGAGAGGCAUCCUCUUCGGCGCCCGGAAGGCCAGCUCUGGACCUCCCCAGGAAAGUGCCUGCUUGCAGAACUGCUUGACCAAAGGACCAGCUCUUGGGACGUCCCCGAAGCCCUGGACCCCAGCUAGCGCGGGGGCUCCAGGCGGCUGAGAUUAGCCCGCUAGCCGUGGACAGCAGCCCCAGGACAGAAGGGGGGUGGGCUGACCACCCCAGCCCCCUUCGGGCCCAGGCCCCAUGCCCCGAGGAGGGGCGGCCUGAAGCCCGCCGGAGCCUUCCGCCAGACUGUCUGCCUGCCUCCUGACUGUGGCUGCUUGGCAUGGCCAGCAACAGCAGCUCCUGUCCGACACCUGGGGGAGGGCACCUCAAUGGGUACCCGGUGCCCCCCUACGCCUUCUUCUUCCCCCCGAUGCUGGGUGGACUCUCCCCGCCAGGCGCUCUGACCACUCUCCAGCACCAGCUUCCAGUUAGUGGCUACAGCACACCCUCCCCAGCCACCAUUGAGACCCAGAGCAGCAGUUCCGAAGAGAUAGUGCCCAGCCCUCCCUCGCCGCCCCCCCUCCCCCGCAUCUACAAGCCUUGCUUUGUCUGCCAAGACAAAUCCUCAGGCUACCACUAUGGGGUCAGCGCCUGUGAGGGCUGCAAGGGCUUCUUCCGCCGCAGCAUCCAGAAGAACAUGGUGUACACGUGUCACCGGGACAAGAACUGCAUCAUCAACAAGGUGACCCGCAACCGCUGCCAGUACUGCCGGCUACAGAAGUGCUUCGAAGUGGGCAUGUCCAAAGAGUCCGUGAGGAACGACCGGAACAAGAAGAAGAAGGAGGCACCCAAGCCCGAAUGCUCCGAGAGCUACACGCUGACGCCAGAGGUGGGGGAGCUCAUUGAGAAAGUGCGCAAAGCGCACCAGGAGACCUUCCCUGCCCUCUGCCAGCUGGGCAAAUACACUACGAACAACAGCUCAGAACAACGUGUCUCUCUGGACAUCGACCUCUGGGACAAGUUCAGUGAACUCUCCACCAAGUGCAUCAUUAAGACUGUGGAGUUCGCCAAGCAACUGCCUGGCUUCACCACGCUCACCAUUGCUGACCAGAUCACCCUUCUCAAGGCUGCCUGCCUGGACAUCCUGAUCCUGAGGAUCUGCACGAGGUACACGCCCGAGCAGGACACAAUGACCUUCUCGGACGGGCUGACGCUGAACCGAACCCAGAUGCACAAUGCCGGCUUCGGCCCCCUCACAGACCUGGUCUUCGCCUUCGCCAACCAGCUGCUGCCCCUGGAGAUGGAUGAUGCUGAGACUGGGCUGCUCAGCGCCAUCUGCCUUAUCUGUGGAGACCGGCAGGACCUGGAGCAACCGGACAGGGUGGACAUGCUGCAGGAGCCGCUGCUGGAGGCGCUGAAGGUCUACGUGCGGAAGCGGAGGCCCAGCCGGCCCCACAUGUUCCCCAAGAUGCUCAUGAAGAUCACGGACCUUCGAAGCAUCAGCGCUAAGGGGGCUGAGCGGGUGAUCACGCUGAAGAUGGAGAUCCCAGGCUCCAUGCCGCCUCUCAUCCAGGAAAUGCUGGAGAACUCCGAGGGCCUGGACACUCUGAGCGGACAGCCGGGGGGUGGGGGACGGGAGGGGAGUGGCCUGGCUCCCCCACCCCGCAGCUGUAGCCCCAGCCUCAGCCCCAGCUCCAACAGAAGCAGCCCGGCCACCCACUCCCCGUGACCGCCCGCGCCCCACGGACACAGCCCUUGCCCCUCGCCUGGCUUUUCUCUGCCUUUCUACCAACCGCGUGACCCCAGCCAGCCCUGCCCCUCGCUGUCUCCCUUCCGGGGACAGGAGGCAGGAGGGAGGAGGUGGCGACUCUUUGGACAGAGGCCCGGGUGCUGUGGACUGUUACUCUGUGGCCUGGGUGGUCAGGGGCAAGGUCACGAACUGCGUGAGGACCCCUGGUCCUGGGUCUCAGGAUGGGGCCUGGGGGCCUCGUGUUCAUCAAGACACCCCUCCGCCCACCUCGCCACAUCUUCAUCACCAGCAAAGGCCAGGACCUGGCCCCCCAUCCUCAGAACUUGCAAGCCAUUGCCCCCCGGUUGGGGAACCCCCCCUUGCCUCGGUUGGUGACAGAGGGGGUGGGCCAGGGGUGGGGGGCUCCCCCUGUACAUACCCUGCCAUACCAACCCCCAGGUAUUAUCGCUGGUUUUGUUUUUAUUUUAAUUUUUUUGGUUUUGAUUUUUUUUAAUAAGAAUUUUCAUUUUAAGCACAU